UCCCAAAUCCAGGCCCACGCCCAGGUCCUGUCCCAGGUCAGCAUUUACUGAGCCAAAUGGAAAUCCUAUCUCAAAGAACAGGAAUAGAAAAAAAAGCAUCAUACCAUGUUGCUUUUCUAAGUUGCACUUAAGAAGUGUGUAAGAUUUAGAAUGUUAUACAAAGAACUUGUCCAUUGUUAUAGACGGAUAUGCACAUGUGUGUACAGGGGAUAAACAUGUAAACUGUUCUCUGCCAUGGGAUUAGCUAUGUCAGACGCCCAGUAGAAUAAGCGCCCAGUAGUUGUUUAUUUGUUUGUGAGGUCUUUCAGUUGUUAAUUUAAACUGACUGGGCACACAUUAUGCUGAAAGACGUGUGUCUUUCUCUGUUUUAUUUAACAAUAAAGCUUUAUUUAUGAGGCCUGAGUUUGUCAGUUCAGUGCGGCAAAAGGACAUAUUGAAAACGUUUCAACAAAAUGAUUUCUAUCAGCUCUCUCCUGGACUGAAUGACUCACAGGAUUUUUUGCUGGAAACCAGAAACCCACACAUCCAUCUUUGUCCCCACAGUGGCCAGUAUAUAGCAAGGCUUUCUUUUCUCCAACCUUUAUCCUUCACCAUUUAGUCUCUACGAUUGAAAUGUUCAACAAUGGGGUGGAGGAAAUGAUUGAUCAAAUCAUCACAUGGUGGAGCCUCAGUGAUAUUUGGACACAUUUAAACCAUGUCACCAAUGCAGACUAGAAGUCUAGAAGAAUAAGGGGAAAGAAAAUGACUGAACAGACUGAGACAGACCUGCCAUAAUUCAUUUAUGGCAUCACAUCUCACCAUCAAACUGUAGCUAUAAUCUGCUGUACAUGUUUUUGUAGAGUGGGGGUGAGAUGAAACCUCCUUUAUUCAGUAAUCAUAAUCAACCUUCCAGAGGAUUUGUCCAAAAGUGUGUAAUCCCCCACAAAAAAACCUUCUUUAAUGUAUUUGUUUUCUCUUCAGAUGUUUAACAAUUAAAUUAUGUUUUUAUUUUGUGUAAGAAAGGGGAUAUUUUAUGGUAAAUACAAAUAUUCAGAUCAAGGCAGAUGGUUUGGGGAUUGAUGUAUUUUUACUCUGCUCCUUGAUACCGUCAUUGUUUAAAAAAAAAAAAAAGAACACUAGCAGAGCCAGUUUGUUGCACUGCCAAAGCCAACUGAAAAAGGCAUCAGAGGUAUUUUCGCCAGCUGUACAGAAGUCCCUGGAAAAAAAUAGAAAAUGUUGUACAUUUUUCAAAUCACCUGUUGUAAAGUUUUAAUAUGUGAGGCUUUAAUUAAAACAUUGUUAAACGACCUGUGGAUUGCUAUAUCACAUAGUGCAUUUCUGCUCUUUUAUACUUUUUUAUGAGUUUCAAUAGCAGCGAUUUUGUUUGUAUUUUUGCUUACAAACCCAACUGCUUUAAAUCUGUCCAUAGAAUAAAUGCAUAUACGUAUGGAGAUCUUGAAAAGUUGUUUCAGCUCACAUAGGAAAAGUAAUUUAAUGUUUGAGGUUUUGCUCGGCCAUGAAGAAGAAUCCAGAGACAUUCCAUCACUAAUAUGAUAGCAGCCAUAAUUUUGUAUGAAGUAUUAUAUAUUUCUUUGUGUCUCUGUUUAAAAUUAAACUAUCAAUCACAAGUAUUUAUUUGUAGGAAUUUGUUUAUUUCAAAGCUUAUUUUAGGCAUAAUUUCUGAUCUCAUCUCCCUGUGAAUGUUCCAUUGUAACUGUACAAACAGUUGAUACUGGACAAGGUCAGCAUGUAACUGGUACUUGUCUCAAUAACAGUCCCCUUCUCACACACCAGUGCAUUGGAUUUUGCCUCUUUCUUACUUGCUUCAAAAUCGCUUUAUUUCCAAGACAUCCCCAGGGGGGUUUGCUGAGCUCCCUUGAAUAAUAUGGAGAGCGGGGGAGGGAAGGCAGGCAAACAAUAAUUAUCAUAUCUUCACAAUAGCCCGUGAAUGCAGCGGCCCAGGGAAGGGCCUUUUCUUUCUUUUUUUUCCAAAGGCAGCUGAGACAUUCUAAACAUGAGCUAAUGUUAGUCACAAAUUAGGAAAUCUGCUCCUGUUCUUUCUGUGAUAGCGGCGUGAUAUAUUUUUCAAAUUGCAGUUUGUUUUCAAUUAGACAGUUUUAGGAAAGCAUUUGUAAUUUGGGUCCGAGGCUGCUGCUGCUGCAGCUCUGAGUGGAAAUGAUGCCCAUUUCUCUGCCGUGAUUAAUUGCAGCAUCUGUCCUGUCAGAAGCCCCGAGUGAAGAGGUCUGCAGCAAAACUGCAAAUAAGCGCUGGCAACAGUCUUAAAGUGCUUAUGAUGAAACGAAAAUUAAAAACAGCAAGUGGCGCGCAUGACCUGAAUGUUAACACAGGGCGGAAGAAGAGGAGAAUGUGAGAGAGGGUGUCCAUGGAUACCAAACACAUGCUUUAAAAACACACAGUAAUGAGGCGCUGGGAAAUCGCUGUUAUUAUUCUGAACAGAUUCACAGCAGCCCAUUAAUAAUGCAUGGGGCUCCUUGUUAUUCCAUAACCCCUCAGUACCGCGGUCACUGUGUGUACAAAUAUCUCACAGCCAGGGUUGGAGUUAUGGGACUCUGCAAUAAAAAGGUUACAGAUAUUUUCAAAACACUGCUGUACACACAUGGACAUAAUUUACCAGGAUAAUACACCGCUCCUCUAAUAAUGGGGAUUGGUUACAUUUAAAUAACAGAA